GUGUAGAAAAAUAAAACCAUGUUGAAGCCAGAAGGAACUCGACCAUGAAGAGGAAAUAUAUGCACUUCUACUUUUAUGUGGCUAAACAGGCAGCUUUGGGUGAGGAAGUCAGGCGAACAAUGCCUUUCCUUGGAACGCUAUUCAUUUUUGUGCUUCAGUUUGAAGUAAGUGUCUGUGCUGUGUAUAAAAUGGAGACCUACCGUCCGCUUGGGCAGGACGUAGUUUUGUUGUGUCAACUUCCUCAAUCUGACCCACAUUUUGAGGUUAAAUGGCGUCACGGCGGAGAAACUCUUGUGAUGAACGGGUCGGUGACGGACGCUUCGUCUCGAGGAGGAAGGCUGAGUGUGAACAUUAACGGAUCUCUCAUCAUCAAGAAAGUUACGGCUUCAGACGCCGGUGUCUACACAUGUCAGUUUCCAAAGGUCACCAGCAGUUUGGACAAUUCGCUGUGUCUUCUGUCCAUCUCUCCAUCUCCACCAGAUUCUGAGUGUAAAAAGGACAAAGUCAUGGAUUUAAAUUGCUCUCUGAUUUGCAACCCCAUCUCAUGCCGAGAGGGCAGCAUCGUCUGGCUGAAUGAAACUGGAAAUGUGUUGCAAGAAAAGAAAGUUGGUCAGAACUCGGAUACAGGCUGCAGUUCAGUUCUCACUGUGAACCGUCUGAUGGGAAACUACAGGAGAUACAGCUGUCGGUUUGUUCAGAAAGACAAGGUCCAGGCGGAGGUUCACUACACGCCUGUCUUCUCAGAUUCCACAGACUGGCCCGUUCCGAGCUCCAUCCUGCUGGUUCUGCGCAUCGCAGGACUGAUCCUGAUGAUCUGUGUUGUUGUUGUUGUUUACAUCAGAACCAGAGGAAGCAAGAAGCCACCAAAGGACAUCAAUGUUCAUUUCGUCUGCAGAGAGGACUCACUGAACUAUGAGAAUAUUGAAGUUUUUUCUUCUGCUGUGAGUCGCUGAACUCAUCACAAAAAGCUUCACAUAUGAGCUUUAACUAUCUAAAGUUUUUAAUGCUGCAUUACUAUUUAAAUGUAACAUCACGUGUCAAACUCGAGGUCCGUGGGCCAGAAAUGGCUCGCCCGAAGAUUUCAUGUGGGCCUCCAAACUGUAGAAAUAGAAUCUAAGAUCUUUUUUUAUAUAUAUAUUAUUUUAUCAGUCAAAUGAACAGUUUUAUUUGUAUUGUGUAAAAUUAGAUAAAGGUGAAAAUAUGUUAAAUAUUUAAUUUCAAGAAGUUCUCAUCGAAUGCAGAAACAGCUAUCUAUUAAUAUUUUAAGUCUUUUAAUAAUUUCAUCAACACAUCCCGCCUCAAAUUCACAUUCUAGAUCUUGAUCUGACCCAAAAUGAAAAUGAGUUUGACGACCAGCUCGACAUCAAGUUAUCAGCAAAGAACAUCUGAAAGUAAUCAGAUUAAUUCUGUUUUUACAGGAAGGAAAAAAGACACAAACGCAAACUUUUAAACAUGAUUAAAAUGCAAAUAUAGUUUAAGUUGACUUUUUAAAAAUAAACUAGCUGAUAAAUUGAAGCUACUUUUGAUGAAAUAUAAAGCACUCCUCUUGGAUAACUUGUUUUUUCGUAAGCGGUACAUAAAGGAGCAGAUUUAUGUAUUUUCUGUAGUUAAUAUUUUGAUAAUUUGCUGAACGAGAGCAAAUCUAGCUAAAAGUUGUUUUUUCUCUAGCACUGAAUAGAAAUCAUCUGUGGUGGACUUGAUGUUAAACACUUGGAUUAAAGCUGAUUAUACUUGAAGAUUUUGUCUUUAUGCUUUUUUAAAUAUUGAAACAUUAAACAUUAUUGAUUAGUGACAGAGUUCUGAGAAUGUGACAGGAAACAGGAUCCUGACUGCAGUCUCCGUUUUUCUUUCAGCUGGAUCCUCUUUAGUUUCACUGAAACUGAUGUUGUUAACCCAAAAAGCUAACAGUCAAAUAUUUUUACUGCACAUAUUAUACACAAUCUAACACAAUAUGUUACAUUGUACAUAUGCUGUAAGUCCAAAAACAUACACCAUAAACGUUUAAGCUGGAUUAUUGUACAGUUAAUUGGUUUACUGGUUAUAAUAUGUGAAUACUUUGGAAAAAAGUAAAAAUCAAAUCUUGGUGCCAAAUGAACUAUUCCUCCGAAAGGAAUGAGGAAAAACGCAUAAAGGAGGAAAAACAUUUCAGUUGUUUGUGGUUCAGGCAAAAAUCACCAUGACAAUCAAAUAAAUGCUGAUGAAGAUGAAUUGUUGGGUUUUUCUGAACUCAUCAGUAAGUUGGUCACAAACAGGAAAUAAGAGAAACAUCUUCAGAAAACUGAGACGCUGCACAGCGGUCAGCAGCAGAAGGUGG